GGCCAGACCAUGGAGUCUCCUAAUCACACUUUCCUGGACUCUUCUGUUUUCUUCCUUGUGGGCAUCCCAGGUCUGGAACAGUUCCACCUGUGGCUUUCACUCCCUGUGUGCUGCCUGGGCACAGCCACAAUUGUGGGCAACAUAACCAUCCUGGUUAUCAUUGCCACUGAACCAGCCCUGCACAAGCCUGUGUACCUGUUCCUGUGCAUGCUUUCCACCGUUGACUUGGCUGCCUCUUUCUCUACAGUCCCCAAGCUGCUGGCCAUCCUCUGGUGUGGAGCUGGACACAUCUCUGCCCCUGCCUGCCUGGCACAGAUGUUCUUCAUCCAUGCCUUCUGCAUGAUGGAGUCCACCGUGCUGCUGGCCAUGGCCUUUGAUCGCUAUGUGGCCAUUUGCCAUCCACUCCGCUAUGCCACUGUUCUCACUGACACCAUCAUUGCCCGCAUUGGGGUGGUAGCUAUGGUGCGGGGCUCUAUUCUCAUGCUCCCGUGUCCCUUCCUCAUUGGGCGUUUGAGCUUCUGCCAAAGCCAUGUGAUCCCACACACAUACUGCGAGCACAUGGCAGUAGUGAAGCUAGCCUGUGGAGACACGAGGCCUAACCGUGUGUACGGGCUGACGGCAGCGCUGUUGGUCAUUGGGGUUGACUUGUUCUGCAUUGGUCUUUCGUACAUCCUCAUUGCACGAGCUGUCCUUCGCCUCUCCUCCCACGAGGCUCGGUCCAAAGCCCUGGGGACAUGUGGCUCCCAUGUCUGUGUCAUCUUGAUCUCUUAUACACCAGCUCUCUUCUCCUUUUUCACCCAUCGUUUUGGUCGCCAUGUGCCGCUCCAUAUUCACAUUCUUUUGGCCAAUGUCUAUCUUCUCUUUCCACCUGCCCUUAACCCUAUGGUGUAUGGAGUUAAGACCAAAGAAAUUAGGGAAAAGGUUGUCAGGGUGUUUCAAAGGGGGCAGGGAACUGGUGCCAAAGCAUCUGAGUGA